GGUCAACCGGCUAGCUGUCCUACCUCUGACUAUACUACUGACUAGUGCGCAGAGUCUGCUCGAAGUGCUGCUCUGGCUAUACUGCUCUAUUACUGUACUCAAAACAGUCUGAGGCGGCGCCAAGAUCCUGGUGCAGGGACUGUUGCCAGAUCCUGAGUGAGUGAAGGGGCGGGACUUGCAAGACUACUACUGGCCUAUGGGCCAUGGCAUCGAUUUACCAAAAAAUGAGCUCGAAUCUCAAACGAUCAUGGCAUCAUCAACAUUGGAUGCAAGGGCUCGUGAAAUAGCUUUGAGACUAAAGAGGAUUGGCGAUAUCAUAGCAGAAGAAGAUGCUCAGGCUCUUGCAACCCUAUUUAACCCUCUUGCAGGGCCAUUGCGUAAAAAGCUGGGCACAUACAAUCAGGAAAAAGAAAGACUGGAAAUGCUGACUAGAACAGGUGGAGCAGAUGCACACAAUACUAUUGAAAAACUAAAACGUGUUACGGAUUCCAUUGAUAUAUUACAAAAGGAAAUCAAGAAAUCAGAGGUGCUAUUCAGUACAGCCAUAAAUGCUGGGUGUGUUUCGGUGACCAUCACCAAUUCUCUCAUUCAAGGACAAGCUGGCGUUGGAAAAACAUCUACAAAUUGUAUGCUUCUUGACGAACCAGCUCCGAUCGUACGAACUAGUACCCCCCUCACUAAUCCAGCAGUCCGAAUUCAGGUCGUUGCAGAUUUAUCCUCAAGUGGCUCACCAGCUACACACACAGAGUCUCCUCGCCAUGUUCGGAAUGUAUUGGGAUCAAAGAUCCGAUUACGAAGUGGAAAAUGGACAUCUAUCAGUGAAAGCCAGCUGCAAGACACUGUAGUUAGUGCCGUUGCUAUCCUUUCAAAUCAGAUACCUACGGAUAACUCUCUUUUAUAUGUACUGAAAAAAUUGAGUACAUUUCGUGGGUGGAUGUCAUUAUUUGGUGUAAAUGCUUUGCCCAUAACACUAUCCAAUUCAACUAACUUCUAUGCAAGUAGUAGUGUUGAUUCAUCAAUGGAACCUCGAGCAGUCAUUGCUAGUGUACACGAAGAAUUAACUGAUCGAAUGGCCAAAUUUAAAUUAGCAAGUCCAUUGCCAGCUGAUAAUACCCCUAGUAAAAUGCUAGGUGAUACCUGGAUCUACUUCACGGAUACUGGGGGACAACCACAUUUCCAUAACCUCUUGCCGCAUUUUGUACAUGGCCUCAGCAUUGCAAUUCUUGUUAUUCGUCUGUCAGAAAAAUUAGACGAUUGCCCAAUGGUAGAAUACUACGAAGACGACGAGUUGAUAUCUGAUCCGUAUCGAUCAACCUUGACCACUGUGGAAACACUCAAGUGCUUAGUUCGCUCCAUGCAAUCCCAUACCACUGAUGGCAAGAAACCAAGAUUAAUGAUUGUUGGAACGUUUUUUGAUAAAAUUCAAGAGAGCUCUGAAACGUUGCAAAAAAAGAAUGAGAAGCUGCUCAAAUUACUAACCCCAGAGUUUGUCGAGCAAUUGGUAUUCUUCAACGAAGCAAUGGAUGAACUUAUCUUUCCUAUCAAUGCUAAACUGCCUGGAGAUCAUGAGAAAAUUGUAUCGGAUUUAAUUCGUUUAGCAAUUGAAAGGUCUCCUUCAAAGGCGAUUGAUAUUCCCCUGUUCUGGUAUGUUCUGGAAAUUUGUGUUAAAAACAUUUCCUCCCAGCUUCAACGAAACGUUCUGAGCAAGCAAGAAUGCUUGGAGGUAGCUGAACAACUUCAAAUUUCUGAGGACGGUCUAAUCGAGGCUUUCAAAUUUUUCCACGAGCAGCACAUUUUUCAUUACUAUGUCGAUAUCCUGCCCAAUGUGGUCUUCACAAGCACUCAAGUCCUCCUCGACAAGCUAACUGAGCUGGUUAAACAUGUUUAUCGUAUGAGAGAAGCUGUUAGCAACCCUUCAACCAUUGUGCCAAAUUCCUACACCCCCAAAACUGGAAAAUGGCAAAAAUUUCGAGACCAAGGAAUCAUUACACUGGAGUUCUUAAAUGAAUUUAACAAGCACUACGUUAAUGAGCUUUUCACUCCCUCAGAUCUUCUCAAGCUAUUUGUGGAACAUUUAAUUCUCACACCUUUUUCGAGUGAAAUGCAAGUGGCAUCAGAUUUCACCUCCCAAUCUGCUGAAUACUUUAUGCCUUCUCUGCUAGACGUGCUACCUGUCGAUCAAAUUGAAGAGUGUCGAAUUCAAUCCUCCUCCUCCAUAGCAGAUCCUUUACUGAUUCGGUUCCCCAAAGGCUGGCCAAGGACAGGUGUUUUCUGUUGUCUCCAGGUUUUCCUCAUUCAAAAAUUAGGAUGGACUCUUGUUUGCAAUAGAGGAAAGCCAAAACUUAUCGCACAAAACUGUGUUAUGUUAUCUCCCCCUGAAAGCAUAUGUGUUGUCACAUUGAUUGAUUCGUUUUCCUAUUUUGAAGUGCAUGUUAACGCUAAUCCUUGGGUGUGUUUUCAAAUGUGCCCGGUUGUUCGAGACCAGAUCCUUCUUGGAAUUGAUUCGUCAUGUAGGACACUGCGCUAUAGCAAAGAAAAGCCUGACUUAGCAUUUUUCUGUCCUUGUGGUUGUACGUCUGCACCCAGCCCUGACGAUGCGUCUACUACAUCUGAGCAUCACCCUGGUGUGCUCCUUCAGAAAGAGGCUUUCAUCAAGUGUACAGUUGACGAAUCCAAAUCCACCGAAGUCAGUUCCAAACACACCAUAUGGCUGGGAAAUUCAGAGUUGCCUAUAGAUGUCCGUACUCAGCAAUCAAGCCAGUUGCCAAGUGUGGAAGAAUUCAUCUCAAAAUUUGGAAUCGUGGGCUAUGAAAUCGACCAAGAGUGCAGUGAUGACCAAAUUCUGGACAUUUAUCAUGACUUGGAGAAAUGGGAGCAAGUUGCAUGUCAUUUGGGCUUAAAAGCUACAGACAUCGAAGAAAUCGAAUACAAAGCCAUGCGUGAGGUUGAGCUAAUGAGACUGCACACCUUGAAGAAAUGGAAGAGGAAGGAUCCAUCUAAUGCCACCUAUCGAGUGCUGUUGACAGCCCUACUCAAGUGUGGAUGUGCUAACUCAGCAGAACAACUGUGUAAACUGAUUAAUCCCGGUUACAUGUAUAGGUUCUAGAAAUAAUUAUUAAUCUCAUGCAUAUCUUCACAUAAUUAUUACGUAUACGUUUUAAAUCAAUCAGUUAAAUUCAGCAGAAGACAAAUAAAUAAUAA